AUGGUUGAAGUGAAGAUAACAGAAGAUAUUAAGGUUGGCGGUAGCAAUCCCUGCUUUAUUAUAGCUGAAGUGGGACAAAAUCAUCAAGGUGACAUUGAAAUAGCAAAAAAAUUGAUCAGAGCUGCUAAGGAGGCUGGAGCCAGUUGUGUGAAAUUUCAAAAGACAUGUCUUAAAGAAAAAUUCACAAAAAAGUAUUUAGAAAGGCCUUAUGACAAUCCAAACUCUUGGGGCACAACUUACGGCGAACACAAGAAACACUUAGAAUUUACUGAGAACCAAUAUAGAGAACUUUUUAAAUAUGCACAAGAAGUUGGUAUACUAUUUACCGCUUCAGCAAUGGACAUGGUUUCAUUCGACUUCUUGGUCAAUAUAAAAGUGCCGUUUAUAAAGAUCGGUUCAGGCGAUUCUAACAAUUUACUAUUUUUGAAAUACGCCGCGUCGAAGAAGGUUCCACUAAUCAUAUCGACUGGUAUGGUUGACAAAGAGGCAGUGAAGACUAUAUAUGAUAUAAUAUCAUCACAACACAAGCAAUUUUGCUUAUUGCAUUGUAUAUCAGCUUAUCCUGUGCCUUUUGAAGACUGUAAUCUUACAGUAUUGCAAGACUACAAAAACACAUUCGAUAUUCCCGUCGGUUAUUCCGGACAGGAAGUCGGUACUGCGGUAGCGUUGGCUGCAGUUGCAUUGGGAGCUAAGGUAUUAGAAAAGCACAUAACAUUAGAUAAAGAAUUGAAAGGUACAGAUCAUAUCUGUUCUUUGACACCUUCAGAAUUCCAACAGUUAGUGAGGGAUGUGAGAGUAAUAGAAGCCUCGCUUGGAACUCCUAUCAAGAAAAUCGUGACUUCAGAAAUCCCUUGCAUUGACAAAUUACAAAAGUCGCUAGUGAUGGGUUGCACGAAAAAUAAAGGUGAAAUUCUAUAUCCUGGUGACGUUAAAAUAAAAGUGGCAGAACCAAAAGGUUUAAAUGCUUUGAAUUUUGAGAAAGUUAUUUACAAAACUUUGGUAUACGACAAAAAGGAAGACGAACCCUUAAACGAAGUAGAGGAUAAGUGGCGCAGGCGAGCUUUGGCAAGGUGCCCGCGCUGCCGCCAGUCCCCGGAGUGCCGGCUCGACUGCCGCCUGCGCCGCGCCGCGAAAGAACAUCUCGCCUUCAGUGCAUCAACUAAAUAUCCCAUCAUAAUUUUACGCAUG